GUUAAUCACCUUUUCGAAAUAUGUGGAAUGCUUUAUGAAAGGUUUCAUAAAUCUUCGGUCAAAUCCAUCAUCUCUAGUACUUCGUGGCUACCCAAAGUUGUGCUUCAACGCACGCUUAUCACUUGCCCAUCUGGAUUCGUAGACGAGGCCCCUUUCUUAUCCCACGAACAAUGUCUUCCAGCGUGCCAAAUGGCGCUCACCUCAAUCACACUACAUACCCGCCCUUUCCGAAGGACGUGCCCAGUGUGAAGCUAGAGACCUUUUCCCUUGCCCGGCUUGAGGCAGGAGACAAGGCUCUCGAGGACCGCCUUUUCCAGACAUGCAGGGAAAGAGGCUUCUUCUAUCUCGAUCUCAGUGGCAGCUCCGUGAGCUCGAUGCAACAGGAUGCUGACGACCUGGUCAAGCUUGCAGAAAAGGUGCACAGGCUUCCACAGGAAGAGAAGGAGAAGUAUCCUAUGAGAGACUCCAUCUUUGGCUUCAAGCCGAUCGGUGCUACCAAGACAGAUGCUCAAGGCACACCAGAUACGGCAGGGUUUUUUAACAUCUCCAAGGACGCCAUACUCGAGAACACGGACCGCUGGCCGCUGCCCCAGCUCGUCCUCGAUGAGAAGCCCAUGAUCGCCAGAUACAUGCGCAACGCCCACGGCACCGGACUGAAAAUCAUGACCAUCCUCGUCGCCAGGCUCGGCCUCCCGCCUGACGCGCUGGAGAGAUACCACCGCAUAACCGAGGAAUCAGGCGACCACGUCCGCCUGACCCACGGUCCGCCCAGGAGGACGGCUGAAUUACCUGAGAUCCAGACACCGGGUCAUACUGACUUCGGCACCAUCACAAUUCUGUUCAACUGGCUGGGCGGGCUGCAGGUCUGCUCGGCCGGGUCAGCUGAGAAGCCGAGGUGGCUGUGGGUGGAACCGCCGCCGCCGAACCAUGCCAUCGUCAACCUCGGGGAUGCGACAGUCAAAUGGACGGGCGGCGUUCUCUGCUCCGGGAGGCACAGGGUGGUGCCUGCGCCAGGCGAGCAGGGCAAGUUUGAGCGGUAUAGCAUUGUGUAUUUUGUAAGACCGGAAAAUAAGGCGGUCCUGAAGAGGCUGGAGGCGGCGGGCAUCCCGAAAGUGGGACCUGAUGAGGUGGAGGAGGAGAUCACUGCCAAAGAAUGGAUCCUCCAGCAGGCGCGGGGUUUGGGACAAUCUAUCGCGAAUUGAUCUUGCUAUGAAUUAGCCCCUCUCUGAAGUCGCAUUGUAUGGAAUGAAAUCUUCAUGCGGUC